ACUAUCAGUGGGCGCACAUCGGUCCAAGAGGCUCAACGUCACUCGCUGCACAUCCCUUAACUCUGCUGUCUUGUCUCCUACAAUCUUCUCCAGCUCACUCUCUCGCUCUCUCCUGUCUUUGCUCUUGUCCUGCACUUUGACCAGAAGGGGCUCGCUCCUGUCUGCAGAGAUCGCAGUUGCACUACUACAAUGUUUGCGGUGGCUUCUUUGCAGUAAGAAAAUCAAGGUUAUGCUGUCCAAAAGUUGCCUGAGUCCCAGCGAGAAAGAGAAGGGCUAACGCCGCACCGAUCACCCCCAACUUCCCAGAGCCUGUCCCGUGCGGAGCCAUGAGCAACCCCGGCACUCCAAAGCAGAUUAGGGAUGCCGUGCCGUCGGCCAUUCAUGCCCCGGAGGUGUCGUCUUCGCACAGGGCCGCACAUCCGGACGAGGACGACGAGGGCGACCUGAACAAAGCGUUGGGCGUCCAGCGCUUCCAGCAGAUCCUCAGCCCGUCCGCUGUGGUGCCUGACGAGCAGCACCACAACUACCACGAGGAAGACAUUGAAUACCACCGACACUCCUCCCACCACAUCCAUCGACCUCUGUCCAAGUUGCCCGUAGAGGGACGCCGCAAGAAGAGCAGCAAGAAGAGGAGGAAGGACAAGGAUCACAAAAGCGGCCACGGCCCCAGCGGCGGGCCCAUAGAUGAGGGAGAGGAGGAAGAGGAGGAAGAGGAGGAAGGGGAGACAAGCGCCGCCCCCUCUGAGCCUGUGAGGGUCCAAGACGUGGAGUUCUUCGUAUCCGAUGACGACCAUAUGGGCAGCCCUGUCCGGGAAAUACAACUUGUUCCGCUGUCAGGGGUUGGAGCGGAUCAUGGUGAUGCCACAUCCACGGACACACCAGAGUUGUCCGACAGCGCUGUCCACUAUCCUCCGUCGGACCACGCGCCGCUAGCCAGGUUGUUGUCCACUGGCCGCAACUACGACCUGCAGGAGCGACGGCGCACGGGCAACAUGACGGGUGCAGAGCAGGCCAAGUACCAGCGCAUCCCCACGGACGAGAGCGAGGCUCAGACGCUCGCCUCCGCUGACCUGGAUGGAAUUAAGAGUCAUCGUUUCGAAGAUGUCCCCGGCGUACGAAGGCACCUGGUUAGAAAGAGCACAAAGGGCCAAACGGUGCACAUCGGCAAGGGCCACAAAGAGUCCACCACACGCAGCCGCAAGCAGGACCGCACCCCGCACGAGCCAUUGCCCGUGAUUCUGUAUCGCUCCGCCUCGCGGCCCGAAGGCGUCCUGCUAGACAUGGGCACCAGCCAGCUGGCCGUAAGUUACAAGAAGGUGUUUGUGGAGCUGAACGAGCUAACCAUGGACAAGAACCAGGAGAUGCAGUGGAAGGAGACGGCCAGGUGGAUCAAGUUUGAGGAGGAUGUGGAGGAGGAGACGGACCGCUGGGGGAAGCCGCAUGUGGCCUCGCUGUCUUUCCGCAGUCUGCUGGAGCUCCGUAAGACCAUCUCGCACGGUGCAGUGCUGUUGGACCUGGACCAGAAGACCCUGCCUGGCAUCGCCCACCAGGUGGUGGAGAAGAUGAUCAUUUCUGACCAGAUCAAAGCCGAGGACCGGGCCAACGUCUUGAGGGCCUUGCUGCUCAAGCACAGCCACCCGAGCGACGACAAGGAGCACAGCGCCCCCUUCCCCAGGAAUAUAUCGGCCGCCAGCCUGGGAAGCGUCAUGACCCACCACCACAGCGCCAACCACGCCCAUCAGACUGAGCCGUCUGUCACCAAUCCCCUGAUGGGCAGCGGCGACAUGGACAUGUGGGGCGACGUGGAGAAGAACGACGUGCAAAAGGAGCCAGGCUUUGUGUCAGGCAUGCACAAGUCCAAGUCCAAACAUGAGCUCAAACUCCUUGAGAAGAUUCCAGAAAAUGCAGAAGCCACUGUUGUCCUUGUGGGUAGCGUGGACUUCUUAGAGCAGCCCACCAUGGCGUUUGUGCGGCUGCAGGAGGCCGUGGAGCUGGAAUCGGUUCUGGAGGUGCCUGUGCCAGUCCGCUUCCUGUUUGUGCUGCUCGGGCCCUCUACCACCAGCAUGGAUUACCACCAAAUUGGACGCUCCAUCUCCACGCUCAUGUCGGAUAAGCAAUUCCACGAGGCUGCCUACUUGGCAGACGACAGACAAGAUCUCCUGAACGCCAUCAACACCUUCCUGGAUUGCAGCAUUGUGCUGCCACCAUCGGAAAUGGGCGGGGACGAACUCCUUCGUUCUGUGGCUCGUUUCCAGCGAGAGAUGAUGCGCAAGAGGGAGGAGGGAAAGCUGUCAGAAGAACCAAAAAGCCUGGAAGAAAAAGAAGCCCUCAUUGCACCUUCAAAGAAAUCAGAUGACCCCUUAAAGCGCAGCAGGCGCCCCUUUGGUGGCCUGGUGCGAGACGUGCGACGCCGCUACCCAAAAUACAUCAGUGACUUCAAGGACGCCCUUAACACCCAGUGCAUGGCCGCCGUCAUCUUCAUCUACUUUGCCGCCCUUUCUCCAGCCAUUACUUUCGGAGGCCUCCUGGGUGAGAAGACGGACGGUCUUAUUGGUGUGUCGGAGCUCAUUGUGUCGACAGCAGUGCAAGGCGUUGUUUUCUGCCUGCUAGGAGCGCAGCCUCUUUUGGUUGUGGGCUUCUCUGGACCCCUCAUGGUGUUUGAAGAAGCUUUUUACACUUUCUGCAAAGCCAACGACAUGGAGUACCUGACAGGCCGCGUCUGGAUUGGCUUCUGGCUCGUGGUCAUUGUGCUCGUCACGGUGGCCUUCGAGGGCAGCUUCCUGGUGCGCUUCGUCUCUCGCUUUACGCAGGAGAUCUUCUCCUUCCUCAUCUCUCUCAUCUUCAUUUGCGAGACCUUCAUGAAGCUUGGCAAGAUUUUCAAGCAGCAUCCACUGAGACGCUGCCCCCUCGCACCUUUGAACGCCACCGCCACCGCCAACACCACCUUUGAAAACGUCACAGCGCUGCCAAUCCACGGCACAGACAUGGCACAGGCCGCUGGUCCAACUGGCGAGCCCAACACGGCGCUGUUCUCGUUGGUUCUUAUGGCGGGAACCUUUUUCAUCGCCUUCUACCUGCGCAAGUUCAAGAACAGCGCCUUUUUCCCUGGCCGGCUUCGCAGGAUUAUUGGAGAUUUCGGGGUGCCGAUUGCCAUUCUCAGCAUGGUCUUAGUGGACUACAGCGUGGAUGACACUUACACACAAAAACUGAACGUUCCCAGCGGUUUAUCUGUGACCAAACCUGACAAGCGAGGAUGGUUCAUCAGUCCGCUAGGCAGCGAGCGCGAGUUCCCUAUCUGGAUGAUGUUUGCCUGCUGCUUACCCGCCAUGCUGGUCUUCAUCCUCAUCUUCAUGGAGACUCAGAUCACCACCCUGAUUGUUAGCAAAAAAGAGCGCAUGCUGGUCAAAGGCUCCGGCUUCCAUCUGGACCUGCUCCUCAUCGUGGUGCUGGGCGGCACCUCGGCCCUCUUCGGCCUACCGUGGAUGGCGGCCGCCACGGUCCGCUCGGUGACCCACGUCAACGCCCUCACAGUCAUGAGCAAGGCCGUCGCCCCUGGAGACAAGCCCCGCAUCCAGGAGGUGAAGGAGCAGAGGGUGACGGGGCUGCUGGUGGCCAUCCUGGUUGGUUUGUCCAUCGUUAUUGGGGACCUCCUGCGGAAGAUCCCGCUGGCCGUGCUCUUUGGCAUCUUCCUCUACAUGGGGGUUAUGUCACUCAACGGCAUCCAGCUGACCGAGCGCAUUAUGCUGCUGCUCAUGCCGCCAAAGUACCACCCUGACCACAGCUACGUCCGCAAGGUGCGAACGCUGCGCAUGCACCUUUUCACCUGCAUCCAGGUGGUGUGUCUGGCCGCGCUGUGGGCCGUCAUGUCCACGCAGGCGUCGCUGGCCUUCCCCUUCGUGCUCAUCCUCACCGUGCCCGUCAAGAUGUUCCUGCUGCCGCGGAUCUUCAACGGGCGGGAGAUGCUUUGCCUGGAUGCGGACGACGUGGAGCCCACGUUCGACGAGCGCGAGUGUCACGACGAGUACUCUGAGAUGCACAUGCCCGUGUAGCUGCCCAGGCUGUGAGUUUCCUCCUGGAACACCUCCUCAUCAGCAUCACCUAUUAGUGACAAAACAAGCCAAGAGGGGACCUUUAAGGCCCACUUCAAGAACAAGCGGUCAUGUAGGUUUUUAUUAUUCAUAUUAAAUAGUAUUUCAGGGGAUUCCAAAUGAUCUGACAACGCUAUCACGUUAAAUCGAGUUGCAAAGUGAUUCUUUUAGCCCUGAAAGGUUGUUUUGAUUCACAUUGAAUAUGUGAUGAAUAUAGAGGAUGCCUUCCUUUAUAUUCACACUUACUGCUGUUCAAGUUAGUUUUUUGCGUCUGUCAUUGUUUUUCUUUUUUAGCUUACCAAGUGCCUUACAUGACAUAACUGUGUACUGGGAGGAUUUUGAUCCGAGUCGUCUUUUGCCUUAUUUUGACAACCUCUCACUUUACUUUACCCGUCUCUUGAAGAAGCUAGUAGCACUUUUAAAAAAUAAAAUAAAAUAAAUGAAGACACCAAAUCAGACGAGUAACUUUAACUCAAUGUUUUAAAUCUCCAAGUUCGUAUUGUUUUAUGCUUACUGACUGACUACCUGUCAUUAUUGUGUUUUUAACCGCCGACAGCAGUUUAGAAGAUUGCCCAGCAGAGGGCAAUAUACUUUUCUGCCUCGAAUAUUAUUUUAGUUGUUUUUUUUUAAACAGCAAAACAACACUUGCUUACACAUUAGAGCCACUAACACAUGUUGUUAGUAGAACGCUAACAUAGUCUGCAGAGUUAUAAAUACUAAAAACUGUAAAAUUGAGUUGUCACUUGGGUUGUUUGUGGGAUUGUUUGUUGUCACUACAUUGCCAAACUCUCAUAGGCUCACAUCCUACUAAAAAUUUGACAUUCCAGCAUUAAUCAUUGGCGAAUAACUGUGUGAAAACAUAUACAGUCAACUGCAUUUUGAGCAAAGACUUGUGGAGACAAUCUCAAAUUGCGUUGGUGAGAGGGAAGGAUCUUAAAUUGUGUGUGGGGGGGAUGUUCGCGUGUGUGUGUGUGUUGUAUGUCAUGUUUUUUCAGCUGUGGCAUGGAUAGGUAGCUUUGAGUGUGUCAAAAAAGAAUGUCCUGUUACUGUUAAGUGUUGAUGUUUGCGAUAUUGUGCCUGUUUGCUGUCACAAAUUUGCACAAAAUCUCAAGUGCCUGCAGGGUACUUAGCAAGAGAUGGGCUGCAAGCAUCCAGUAAAUGAAAAAUAACUCUUAUUUAUCUAUCGCAAUGUGAGCCCUUACUGCUGUUAUUGGGGUCAUUUGGAACACACACACACACUGAUGAAGGGGAUUGUUUUUGUUUGCUUGUGCUGCUUGUGGAUGAUGUGAAGGUGCUCUGUGUGUGUCAGAAUGAUGAACACAGAGGCCACUACUGAUGUUCCCUUGUACAUUUGACGGUUCAAAUAUUGAUGACAAAUAAACGCUAUUUUCUAUU